AUGAUGCUCAGCCCGGACCAAGCGGCCGACUCCGACCACCCCUCCUCGGCGCCCUCCGACCCGGAGUCCCUGGGCGGUGCGGACGGCCAGGCGCUCAGCUGCUGCGUCUCCGACCCGGAGCCCGCGGAGGGCGGCGGCGUGGGGGGAGGCGGAGAGGGCCGCGGCGGGGGGCGGCCGGGGCUGCACCCGCCGCCGCUGAGCCGCGAGGAGAAGCGGCGGCGGCGGAGAGCCACGGCCAAGUACCGCUCGGCCCACGCCACGCGGGAGCGGAUCCGCGUGGAGGCCUUCAACCUCGCCUUCGCCGAGCUGCGGAAGCUGCUGCCCACACUACCCCCCGACAAGAAGCUCUCCAAGAUCGAAAUCCUGCGCCUCGCCAUCUGCUACAUCUCCUAUCUCAACCACGUCCUGGACGUGUAG